CGAAUUCCCGUUACGGUAAAAUUCCUUCGUCUUCCGAAGCAGAAACGAAACAAUUUUCCUUCUCCCUUGCCCGAAGCGAAAGUCGGAACACAGUUUCAAACUUGAAUUCCGUCGUCUUCUUCUCUUCUUCCUCUUUCGUUAUUACAAACGCAAUUCUAAGCACUCACGCGUGCCACGUCAUCAAGCCUCACUCUGCGUCUUCCAGCUACAUGCCUCUCUCACUCUCCCAUCCAGACUCGCAUUUCCCCGCUAAUCUCACCCGCGCUUCCGUCACCGCGCUCCCGCGGCGCGUCUCCUCGCCCUCGCUGGAUAAAUGCGUGUCACCGUCGAUCUAGGGUUUUGGAGCCUCGUCCUCGUCGCGCUGCUUUGCGUCGUCCUGCCGGCCACCGGCUUAGCUUUCCGUCGCUGGUUGCGCCGCGCGGCGGCCAGGGCCGAGGAGAUCAAGAGGCGCCUGGUUCUCGCGGAGGAGGAGACCGUCAGGGCCGAGACCGAGGCCGCUUCGUACCAGUACGGCGCCGUUUCGGCCGCCAAGAACAAACUAUGCGCCAUGUGUUACUGUCCAACCACCACGCGCUGCGCGCGGUGCAAAGCGGUUCACUACUGUUCCGCAAAGUGCCAAAUUGUUCAUUGGCGUCAAGGUCACAAAGACAAAUGCUGUCCUCCCAGUCCAACUUUCCAGAAUGAUGAUCUGGUAAAUGAUAUUGGAAAGAAGGUAGCAGAACCAGACCACCGCACUAUCCAUGAUGAGAGGUCUCAGAUUGAAAGCACAGAGUAUAGAACAUCCUCUGAGAAACCCCUUUUGUCUGAUAUUAGCUGUUCUCCUGACAUUUCAUCUGCAAAGGAUGACAAUGUGAGAGUUGAAUCUCUUCAGGUGGGAAAUAUUAAAGGCUCUAAUUCUGAAUUAUCUAGUAACUCAUUCUCUGGAUUCUCAGCUUCCACUGGUGCUAGUGAAUCAUCUGAUGAUUCUUCUGUCUCUGAGAGUAUCACCUUCAAUGAGCAUGAGAAAUCUGAGGGACAUAUUUUUGGGGAUCCUGCCCAUGACAUUUUUGAUGCCAUUUCAAGUCAUAAUAGCAUUGGUGAAUCUCUUUCUUUAUCACCUAAGUUUGCUAGUUUGGUUGAUUCAGUGGAUGGUUAUCCUGCAAUGCAUAAAUUAAAUCCAGUUAGAACUGGUUUUGGUAAAGAAGAGAGUAAGCUCCCAUCACAUGGUAGUCCUGGAACAAUUGAGCCUUCUACAGUGUCUUCUGGAUUCUGGAAUAGAACUCUUGAUUCAACAGGGAUAAAAAAUGACUCUAAUAGUGGCCCUCUUCCAUCCCAGUCUGAUGAUCCUCCUCCAAAGUCAGUUGAGAACAAUAUGUCACAUGCUGGAUCAGCAUCUUCAGAGACUGAGGGUGUUGAUUCUUCAGGUCGUGUUGAUGCUUCAAGCGUCCAUAACUUGCAAACGGUUUGUUCUAGGGCAUCAAAUCAUGUUGCUAUCAACCAUGGUAGCACCUUGAAGUCAGCUGAAAGUAGAUGUCUGCCACAUGCAUUUGCUGAUACUAAGUUAGUGUCUAGAACUGAAGAGCAUUCACAUUAUAGCACAAAAUAUGGGAAUAAUGGCAUCCAAUCUGGCACUGCUACUUCAUCUCAGGUUGUUAGCUGCUCUCCAAAUUCUAAGAAUGACCUGAAAACAUCUGUUCCAAAAGUUUCGGAUCAGUUUAGAGGAUCAAAGUUGUCCAAACCCUUCAAAUUAGCUGAUGGGAGUGAUAUUACUGCAAAAUACAGUGACAAGUUGUUGCAGGGUCUUUUUCCAUAUGAUUUGUUUGUCAGGCUUUAUAACUGGAACAGAGUGGAGUUGCAACCAUUCGGUCUUGUAAACUGUGGAAACAGCUGUUAUGCAAAUGCUGUACUCCAGUGCUUGGCAUUUACACCACCCCUGACUGCUUAUUGGCUUCAAGGAUUUCAUUCUAAAUCAUGUGCAAAUAAAAAAUGGUGUUUCACCUGUGAGCUUGAAAGUUUGAUUUUGAAGUCAAAAGACACCAAAUCUCCUGUCUCACCUGAGAGCAUACUAUCUGAACUACAUAAUAAUGGGAGUCAACUUGGUAAUGGAAGAGAAGAAGAUGCGCAUGAAUUCCUAAGGCUUGCUGUUGAGACAAUGCAAUCUGUUUGCCUUAUCGAAUCUGGGGAUAACACAUCAGACUCGUUAAAAGAGGAAACUAAUUUGAUGGGCCUAACAUUUGGAGGUCACCUUCAAUCAAAGAUAAAAUGCAUGAAAUGUGGAGGAAAAUCUGAGCGUCAAGAAAGGAUGAUGGAUCUGACUGUUGAGAUAGAAGGGGAGAUAGCAACCCUAGAGGAGGCCCUUCGACAGUUUACUAGUGCCGAGACUCUGGAUGGAGAAAACAAGUACCACUGUAUCAGCAGUUGUAAAUCUUAUGAGAAGGCCAAGAAGAAAAUGACAGUUUUGGAGGCACCUAAUGUUCUUACAAUUGCAUUAAAGAGAUUUCAGUCAGGAAAAUAUGGGAAGCUCAAUAAACCUAUUCGGUUUCCUGAAAUACUUGACUUGGCCCCUUUCAUGAGUGGGACUAGUGAUUUGCCUAUAUACAGGCUAUAUGGGGUAGUUGUUCACCUGGAUAUCAUGAAUGAUGCCUCUUCGGGUCACUAUGUUAGCUAUGUGAAGAAUUUCCAAAGCAAGUGGUUCAAGGUUGAUGAUAGUGUGGUGACAGCUGUUGAAUUGGAAAGCGUCUUGGCAAAAGGAGCAUACAUGCUUUUCUACGCAAGGUGCUCACCUAGGGCCCCAAGAGUAAUCAGGAACAGUAUAAUAUCUUCAGAUUCAAAAUGGAAACUCAAUGGAAAAACUGUUACAAUGAAGUCGAGACGAGUAUCUGCAGUUUCUGGUGCUGGUGAAUGCAUAACUAGUUUGUCUUCUCCAGAUGGUUCUCUCUCCUUAGAUACCAUCUAUUCAAAGUUUCACCAAAGGAAAAGGAUUUUGGAAGAAGACUCAUCAAGUGAUAAUUCAUCCCUUCUCAGCAGCAAUUCUGAUGUAGCUUCUUGCAGUACAGAUAGCACCUGUGAUUCAACCAGUACUGAUGACUUUGCUGAUUAUAUUUUUGGUGAUUCGGGACGCGGCUCUGGUGGCAUGUUGAGAAAUUCCGAUUCCAACAUUUUCUCUGCAUUGCCAUCUUCUCCCUUGAAAUCUAUAUAUUCGGCGUCCUCCGAUAUGGAUCCAUAUGAUUCAGUUUUGCCACAUUCAACUGGGUUCCAAACACCUCCUUCAGGUCCAAAGGUGGGGGUAGACGGUCUUUUGUACAGUAGACUAAUGGAUGUUAAAAGGAGUGGGGAAAGUGUUCCUCAUUUUCGUCCUGACACAAAUAUAGAGCAUAGGAAGUUAGAUACAAGUAGGAGUAGCAGUAGUUUUAGGGAGACUGACUCUAUACAAAGAGCAGGAUCCAACCAUUUUAAUGAUAGAAAUUCUGGUGUAUCUUGUUUAAAGUCAAGGGACAGAACGGAUUGAAAAUAUUGAGUACCAUACGAAAGUUGGAAGGUCCUGAACAGUAAAUAAUAAUUAUGGAAGCAAAAGGUAAUUUAUUA